UUACUGGUUUCCCUGGUGACGGUUGCCAAGGCAGCAGAUGCAGGCGUCCGGAAGAGGGAACCCGGCCCAGCAGUCCGAGGUCCUAGAAGGGAGAAGCAGCGAGACGGCUGAGGAGCAAGAUGGCCUCGGACGAAGCCUCACAGGACACUGUGCGGCUGCAGUUCAAGGCGAUGCAGGAGCUGCAGCACCGAAGGCUACAGAAGCAGAUGGAGGCAAAGAGAGAAAAGAGCCUGCACCUCCAGAGCCAUGCUGACCACCAGGAAGGGCCCUCGGGGGUCUCUGACAGCCUUGGCCUCCUUCUCUCGGGGGAGCAGGACUUGAAGAGCGUCUUCCAGCAGAGGGUGCUCGAGGACGAGGUCCAGCAGCUGCGGGAGGAGCUCAGGGAGACCUCGGACGAGAACGGGCGGUUGUACAAGCUGCUGAAGGAGAGGGACUUCGAACUCAAACACCUCAAGAAGAAAAUAGAAGAGGACAGGCUGGCCUUCACAGGGACAGCCGGCCCAGCAGGAGACCUGGUUGCCACCAAAGUCGUGGAGCUGUCCAAAAGGAACCGAGUGCUGGCGGCAGAGUCGGAGGCUGCGCGAGCCAGGGUGAAGCAGCUGAGCAGUCGCGUGCAGGAGCUGGAGCGGGAGUUGCAGACGGCCCUGGCCCGGCUGCCAGCCAAGGGGGCCACAGAUGCAGGAGCCAAGCCAACGAGGCCCCAGAUGGGAGACAGCACCCUGCUGGACACCCUGGAGGUGAAGGCCCUGCAGGACCGGCUGGUGGCCACGAACCUGAAGAUGAGUGACCUGCGCAACCAGGUCCAGGCCGUGAAGCAGGAGCUCCGAGUGGCCCAGAAGGUCCUGGCCAGCGAGGUUGGGGAAGACGUGAGCGUGCAGCAGCUUCUGUCCUCACCAGGGACCUGGAGGGGACGCGCCCAGCAGAUCCUCGUGCUGCAGAGCAAGGUCCGGGAGCUUGAGAAGCGCUUGGGACAGUCCCAGAGCAGGUCUGCAGGGACAGCCAGUGACCAGCUGUCUGUCCACCCAGACCCCAGGAAGCUGUCGCCACAGGAGAGGAACCUGCAGAGGAUCCGCAGCCUGGAAAGGGAAAGGCAGGAGGGCUGGGAGAAGCUUGCAGGUGAGCGAGACGCCCUCCAGGGAGAGCUGGAGGAGCUGAAGAGAAAGUUCGAGGGUGCGCGCUCCCGAAACAAGAUCCUGUCCAGCGAGGUGAAGACACUCCGGGGCCAGAUGGGGACACUGGCAGAGAAGGGCAGGCAUGACGAUGAGCUCAUCGACGCCCUCAUGGAGCAGCUGAAGCAGCUGCAGGAGACCCUGAGCAGCCUGAGCCUGCAGGAGGAGAAGGUCCGCACGUCCCAGCGCCACCAGGACCAGGAGGCCCACAGUGAGGCCCAGCGGAGCAGCAGCCUGGUGGCCCAGCUGCAGGCCAUGGUGGCCGAGCGGGAGGCUAAGGUGCAGCAGCUGGAGCUGGAGGUCAGGCAGCUGGGCAUGCAGGACAGAGGCGCCGGCGAGGGGUCCUGCAGGCCUGAGGUGAACCCCACUGGCCCCAGGCUCGCAGGGGACCAGGCCAGGUCCCCAGGCUCCACAGGUGACCACGCCGGCCGGCUGGGACCCUCUCGUGCCGUCAGCAGCCUGGGCCACACGCUGGUGGAGUCUGCGCUCACAAGGCCUUCCCUGCCCAGCCCCCACGGGACCACACCCAGGUUCCCAGACCCCGAGGAGCAGAAAGGCUGGCAGGCUCAGGCGACCGAGGCCAAGGCACUGUGGCAGGCCGCCGAGGUGGAGCGGGACCGGCUCGGCGAGUUUGUCACCGUGCUGCAGAGAAGGGUGGAGGACAGCAGCACCAGGCUACUGGAGGCUGAGAGGGAGCUACGGGCAGCGCGGCAGCGUUCAGUGGUGCUGGAGCAGCAGCUGGAGAAGGUGCGGCUGGAGCCUGGCCGGGCCUCGGCCAGGGGCAGAGCAGGUCUGCCUGCCUCCAGCACCAGGAAUAACCCGACAGGGAGCAAGAAGGCCCCGUCCUCUGCCCCGAUGUCCAACGUGCCCGUGGAGUCCCAGGUGGAGGAGCUGACUGCCAGGCUGGCCGUGCAGGUGGAGGAGAAUGAGCUGCUGCGGACAGCCCUGGGCAGCGCCCUGAGGGGCAAGGAGGAGGACUUCCGCGUGUACCACGAGACCCUGGCCCAGGUGAAGGGCGUCUUCCUGCAGGCCCUGCGGCAGCAGAGGACUGAUGGGCACUAGAGGGUGGGCUGGUGUCUGCAGCCUCCCGGAAGCCACCGGAGCCCCUCAGGGUGACCAAGCCCAGCCUCGGCCUGGUGGCACCUGGGCACACCCGCCCCAGCUCUGGGACAGCAAGCCAGCUGCAAAGGGAUGGACGUGUGCCCCACCCAGCGCCAUCUGAGGCCACCACCCACCCCAGACUGGGCACUGGCUCCCCGGCCCUGGAGCCAGACCUGUAAUAGCCAUUGCCGUGGUAAUCGCAAUCCUGCAGUUGGUGAGGGGCUCCUGCUGACCUCGGGGUCAGGGGUGCCAUGGAGUCUCGGUGGGGCUGGGCCCUGAGGACGCUGGGCUGCUGGUCCCCAUGGGCAACUCUGGGGGGCAGCGGGACCUGGGCCAAGGUGCCAACCGCACCCGGUGUGUGCACAAGGGCUUCACGGCACUGGGUUCUGGCCAGGCCCGAAGCUCGUCCUCUCCUCAACUUCUGGUGUCACCUCAGCUGCCCGGAAGACUCACCAAGUCCUGACCAGGAGGCCCAGCCGCACGGCCUAGCCUCUGCCCCAGGGGCAGCACCACCCAUCUGGCACGUCCACCUCAGGGCAGGACAGAGGCUGCAGGGCCAGAGGCGAUGCUGGUGGGGCCUCUGCCCUGGCAGGAGCAGGCCACGCGUGACAGCCCUGGCUCACACGGCCCUCUGCAGGCACUGGGCACCCUGAGGGUGCACUUGGCAUGGGGUGCAGACCCCACCCCUGUGGUGUCCCCAGGAGCAAGAGCGGGCAUGGGACCAGCCCUCCACAGUCCCCUGGGCAGGGGCAGGGGUGCGGCGGGCACCUGCUGCCAGCUUUGUGCCCUCCGGCAAGUGGCUUGUGCUCCCCGGCCUCCCUGGCCUCAUUGUGAAGUGGGGACAGUGACAAACCCCCAAGACCACCAAGGAGACGCUGGCUGUCCACAGCAUUGCUAUUUACUUCUGCACAAGGACCAGUGUCUGGACUGAUGGCCGUCGGCAGAGUAGGACUCGUGUAAGGACAGACAGCAGAGAGCUGCUGCCCGGCAGCACAGCGGCCCCUCUGCCCACCCUUGGCAAACUGAUCAGCGGGCACCCGUGGGGCCAUGAGGCUUCCAGUCCCUGGCCAGGUGGCUGCAGACAGAACUUUGCAGGGCCCUCGUGGCCGGGGAGCCCCGUGGGGCCACAUGCCCAGCACCUGUCCUGUCUGUGGGCGCCCUACUGUGCCCUCUGGCUGGGACCCUGCCUCAGAGUCCCACUGGACCCCAUGAGCCGACAGCCACUGGCACACAGUAGGCCCCCAAUAAAUGCCCAUGUGGGGCACUGCAGUGAG